GAAGAUCAGAGUUCACCCGGAAGUUACCCUCGUGUUGUGGUGUAAGGGAGACAGCAGCACUCAGACACAGAAAAGAGAUUAAAAAUAUACCUUUUCCCCAAAGGAGACAGUUUACUGAAUAAGUUGCCAUGGCGUCCUACACCUGCAUCAGCUGCAGAGUGGCCUUCACAGACGGCGAGGUGCAGCGGGCGCACUACAAAACCGACUGGCACCGCUACAACCUGAAGCGCAAGGUCGCCGACAUGCCGCCGGUCACCGCCGAGAACUUCCAGGAGCGAGUCCUGGCGCAGCGGACGGCCGCCGAGCAGCAGCUGAGCGACACGGCGGCCGCCGAGGGCUGCGCCGUCUGCAGCAAGAAGUUCUCCAGCGCCAACGCCCACCAGAACCACCUGCAGUCGCACAAACACCAGCAGGCCGAACAGGCCCUGCUGGCCGCCCAGAGGAAGGUGGAGAUGAUGAACGAGAAGAAUCUGGAGAAGGGACUCGGGGACGAGAAGGUGGACCACGACGCCAGGAACGAGGCCCUGCAGCAGGCCCUGAAGGAGCAGCAGAGGCCGAGCGCGGCGAGGCAAGGCUCGGCGGAAGGAGGGACGACGAGGAAGAGGGCGGAGAAGCUGGAGAAACCUCCCAGGCUGAUGUGGCUGGAGGAGCAAGCCAAGAGGCGAGAGGGGGAAGACGGAGCCACAGCUGUGGAAGGAGAGUGGGAGGACGUUGAGGAAGAGGAGGAAGAUGGGAUGGAGGAGGAGGAGGAGGAAGAGGAAGAUGAAGAGGAGACGAUGGAUCAAGAGGAGGGAGACUCGGCCUCUGCGUCUGACCCCCGACCCCCUGCUCUGCCGGGCUCCAUCCCCGUCACCGACUGCCUGUUCUGCUCCCGCCACUCCAGGUCUCUCAUGAAGAACAUCGGCCACAUGACCAAAGCCCACAGCUUCUUCAUCCCCGACGUGGAGUUCGUCGACCUCAAGGGCCUCCUACGAUACCUCGGAGAGAAGGUCGGUGCUGGAAACGUGUGUUUAUGGUGUAACGAGAAAGGCCGCUCGUUCUACUCGACAGAAGCCGUACAGAGUCACAUGACGGACAAAAGCCAUUGUAAACUCUUCACAGACGGCGACGCUGCCCUGGAGUUUGCGGACUUCUACGACUUCAGGAGCAGCUACCCAGACAGGAAGGAGGGAGAAGAUGCUGAAAUGGCCGAAGAGGAGCUGCCUGAUGACAAAAACCUGGAGUACGACGACGACACGCUGGAGCUGACUCUACCUUCAGGUGCUACGAUCGGCCACCGCUCCCUCAUGAGGUACUACAAGCAGCGGUUUGGCGCCCAGAGAGCGGUCGUGCUCACCCACAAUAAGAACGCUGUGGGCCGGGUCCUGCGGCAGUACAAAGCUCUGGGCUGGGGGGGCGACGCAGGUAAGAAUGCUCCCUCUACCAAACAGAAGGACAUGCAGUACGUGCAGCUGUUGAAGUCAAAAUGGAUGCUAAACUCGGCAUGAGAAAACAACUCCACCAAGCAGAAACACUUCAGAGCCCAAGUGAUGUUCUAAACUGGGACCGAGGGAAAUGAAAGUCACCAAAGGAGACGUGGACUUUCAAAUUUAACAUCGUUGCUACGAGACUUUCAGGACAGAUGCGAGAAUGGCGGCACAGCGGCAGAGAGAAAAAUCAAAGCUCACGAUCACGCCAGUAGUGCUAUUGUAUUGCAGCCGUGUCGAUAUGAAGUUUAAAAACUACAACAAAAACGUUGAUGUGGAGAAACCUUGACCUACUUCUUGGGAUUCUCACAUGAACGUCCAGCUCUCUGUUUCCGCUGCAUCGCUGUGUGGAAAGUGUAGGUCGUCAAAAAUCAGCUUGAGAAAACCAUCUUCUUAUCUUCAACCGCUUUUGGGGGAGAUCAAAAGUAUGAAUGACAUCUAUAAAGAGCGUAAAAAUCAAGUAAAAGCUAAAUUAGAUCACUAUAUUAAAUUGGUGGUUUUACUACUUUUAUUUUGUAGGACUGUCCUCGAUUAAAGAAAUUUAUUCGACUAACGUUCAUACCUUUAUGACGAUUACUCAAAUAGUUGCUUUAAUCAACAGAUCUUUAAAAAUGAGCAUUUCUGGGAAAUAAUGCCUUCAUAACGCAUGAAAACAGCAUAAAACAUUACUAAUCAGCUAAAGAAACCUUAGCCAACUAAGACCACAACAGCUGAUUAGUCGACUAAGAAGGAGCAGCUCUACUUUUUCGUCAUUCAUUACAUAACACACACUUUAACGACCAGAUUACAAAUGUAUGAUUCAAUGUGCUCGUAAAACAUCCAACCAAAUAAAUGUGUUUUCAUAUUUAUUGGAAA